CGCAAAGUGAACAGCUCGCCGCAACCGCAUCAUCACAAGUGCACUUCCCCCAGCGUUGACACAAAAGCAGUAUUCUGCAUACUCUACUUAUUGACAUUGAACAUUGCGAUUUAUCAACGAAGCUAGCAAAUCAACCUGCUCCUAUGGCGUCUGCAGCGGCACCAAAAGUGCCUGUGUACUCAUUAAAUGACUUGAAGAACACCACUGAUGACGCUUUCACGCCUUACCUGUGUACCCUCCCUGCACCUUACGCCUUCAAGCGCAACAACAUCAAAUCCAAUGUCCGGCUUGUUGUAGGAUAUAUUGCCGUCGCUAUUGCCGGCGUCACAUUCUACCUAGACCGCCAGCUAGGGUGGGAAGCUGUCGAGGCUUGGUGGGUGAAAGCCGCCGUGGUAGCGUACUUUAUUCUCAACUCGAUCCUGACCUACUGGAUCUGGGCUGUCGAAGCAGGCGAGGUCUUCAAGGGCUCCAGGAAGUCUGGUGAAACGAUCACCAUCCAAUCAUUCACAAAGAAACACAGUCCUCUGUACAAAUUAAAGAUCACAUACACAGCGCCAACAGGCAAGGUAUUACAGGAAAAGGAAAUCGAAGCCCCAUUCACUGCUUGGUUCUCGGGUGAUGGUAUCUUCCAUCCUGAACCAUUCCGCAACUGGCUUUCUGGUGAGAUUGAUGUCCUGGCUGCGGCUGCAAAGGAGACCUCCAAAAAGACCGGCAAUGUGUCGAGUCAUGUUGGGAUUGACGAGUCGAAGGGUGGUAAGGGAAAGAAGAAGUGAUUAAACUCUCCGUUCUGUCUUGGGGUAUAUGUAUGAUGUAUGUAGUAGGAGUAAAAGAAAAUGUCCACGAGUCUGUUAGCAAUAUCUUGUGUACUGAGCAAUGGAGCGUUAGUCACUGCGAUCAAGUAUUUAACGCAUUUCAUAUCAACUACGGGUGUUUGAGC